UUUAGGUUGGUAACUAAAUUUGUGAAGUGAAAUCCUCUAAACGUCAACAUCCUUUCAUUUUCGUAGAGGCACGUCGCCUAAGUUAAUAUGGGUCGUGUUAUUCGCGCGCAACGUAAAGGUGCCGGGUCUGUUUUCAAGGCCCACACUAAGAAAAGGAAGGGAGCCCCAAAAUUGAGAUCUUUGGAUUUUUCUGAAAGACAUGGUUACAUUAAGGGGGUCGUUAAAGGGAUCGUCCAUGAUCCAGGCCGUGGUGCCCCGUUAGCUGUUGUUCAUUUUAGGGACCCUUACAAGUUCCAAACAAGAAAAGAAUUAUUUAUUGCCCCUGAAGGAAUGUAUACUGGUCAAUUUUUAUAUUGUGGCAAAAGGGCUAAUUUACAAAUUGGAAAUGUUUUACCUGUUGGAUCAAUGCCUGAAGGUACAAUCGUAUGUAAUUUAGAAGAAAAGACUGGUGAUCGCGGUCGGUUAGCUCGUGCAUCAGGAAAUUAUGCUACUGUUAUUGCUCAUAAUCAUGAUACGAAAAAAACCAGGGUUAAAUUGCCAUCUGGAGCUAAGAAAGUCAUUCCAUCCAAUAACAGAGCUAUGGUUGGAAUUGUUGCUGGUGGAGGACGUAUUGACAAACCAAUCCUAAAAGCAGGCCGUGCUUACCACAAAUACAAGGUUAAGCGUAAUUGCUGGCCAAAGGUACGUGGUGUUGCUAUGAACCCAGUAGAGCAUCCUCAUGGUGGUGGUAACCAUCAACACAUUGGUAAGGCGUCCACAGUCAAGAGAGGAACAUCAGCUGGUCGUAAAGUCGGUCUUAUUGCUGCUCGUAGAACGGGUCGUAUUCGUGGUGGUAAAGUGGAUACAAAGAAGGAGGAUUAGACGAUUAAGAAUAUCUAAAGAAGUGUUCAGGGUUGUCUUUGUAUUUUAUGUAAUUAUUAGGUUGACAUUGUUUUGAGGUUUUUUAAGUUAUAGUUGACAUGGAAUACAUUGAUAAUUUUGAAUUGAAA